AUGGCUUCUGAUCUUUCAAAAAAACUUCUGGAGUGUAUCAGAAUGGUGUCCUACAUUAGUCAAGACUGUGAAGAAAUUCCAGAAUUCCUAGGAAGAAUAUAUGGACGUAUGGCAAAAAGGCUAGAUCUUAGCUUCAACUUGUUAAGGUCACUAGAAGGACUGAAAACAUUCAGUUACUUGGAAGAGCUGAUCUUGGACAACAAUCUACUCGGAAAUGACCUUCUGUUACCCAGGUUACCCCACCUCCAUACCUUAACGCUCAACAAGAACCAAAUAACAGAAUUAGAAAGCCUUUUGGACCAUUUGGCUGAAGUUGUGCCCUCACUACAGUAUCUCAGUUUGCUUGGAAACAUGGCCUGCCCAAAUGAACUGGUCUGCAAAGAAAAGGAUGAAGAUGACUACCAGAGGUACAGGUAUUUUGUCCUGCACAAAUUGACAAACCUGAAAUUUCUUGAUACUCGGAAAGUAACCAGAAGGGAGAGAGAAGAAGCCUUGGUAAGAGGUGCCUUCAUGAAAGUGGUUAAGCCCAAGGAUGCUAAGGCCUCCAGUGAUGCUGCCUCCACCUCUCCAGAGAUGCACUAUACACCUCUGCCUUCGGGAUCCAGAGACCUCACCAAUCACAGAGGCAUUUUGGGAAAAUGCCGCUACAUUUACUAUGGAAAACAUUCUGAGGGCAACAGAUUCAUCCGAGACGACCAGCUAUAA